AUGAUGCCAGAGAGCUUGUAUUCUUUUCUGGACACCAACAAUGUUGCACAGACACCCAUGGGACGACUGAUUCGAUUCAUUUGGAUCGAUAAGCAGAAAAAAGAGUUCCAGAUCGGAUUGAAAAUAGCUCAAAGGAACAGCUUGGACGUCGAUGUUGACCUCGCUCUAGGUUUUGCUUCCCACUACUGCAAGAUUGGAACAAUGGAGUGUCUUGUGGAAGAGGGAAAUGCAAUUGCAUUUUUGGGCCCUUUAAUGAGAGCUGCAGAGAGGGGUUGCAUGCAGGUUGUUCAAUGGUUUGUCCAAAGGGGCUGCCGGGACAUGGAGCUGUGCCUUGCCCUCACUGCUGCCACCUCUAGCAGUCAAGUAGGGAUAGCUGCCUACCUUCUCCCGCAUGUCCCCCAGCAUGUCCUUGCUGCUCUCAGCAUCGAGAUCCUGAAAGCUGCCGGAGAGAGAAGUGGUGGGUCACUAGAUGGCAUCGCAUUCCUCUUCCACUCUGAUUUUCUUGGGGACCCUGUUGCCACCUAUGCAGUUGCGGACAGCAUUGCAAGGUCAGACGAUGAAGCUGUGGCUCCAGACUUGAAGGCCUAUCUGCAGGAGCACUGGUCAGAGGCAGCAUUCUUGGAUGGGUUGAGGCGUGAGCAGGAUCAUUACGUGAACAUAAUGAGAAUAUUGAGGUGGGGUGGGUCUCCGAUUUGCCUGAGGGAUCUCCCAGGCCCCCUCAGAGUGGCAAUCACAUACUUGCCUUUGUACAGGGAGUGUCUAGCAGUUCAUGGCCGCCUGUUAUCGCAGCGGCUAAGGGGACAACUUGUGGAAGCAGCAAGAAGGCUUGACGGUAGGCCGGUCAAUGAGAAAAGCCAGGGGAAAGAACUCUUGGCUGUUUUGGAGCAUCAUCUUCCGCUGUUUUUGCUGUGUGGCUCAAAUGUUGCUUAGUGCAUGAUUUAGUUUCCAAUUUUCUUUUCUCUCCAUUAUAUAGCUUCACCAUCAUAAAAA